AUGGGUGCACAGGAGUACCAGCCCCCGACAGGAUUACUGUCAGUCGCUGAGAUUGAGGAGCGUCGACCGUUGGUGCACAAGAUCGAGCAGACCAUCCGACGCCACAACGACGAAUUCAAGAUGCAACAGAAGCAUCUUGGACCUGCUUUCUACCUACCUCGACCAGUCCUUGACGCUUACAUCGACAACAAGCCCAGCGGGCUACAGGAGCUUCUUGAGAGUAACUGUCACCUCGCUUCUUCGAUCCAGAUUUGGGAGCCAGCUGAAGAUGAAGAAACCCGGGCCGCUUCGUCUCGCGACCGACAUGCCUGCAUCAUCUCUCGCACUGCCUACCCGGCAAUUAUGUAUGUUUUUCCAGGCUCCAUGGCAGCAGACCCUCAAGUCUGUGAACAAAUGAUGUCGAUGAUGGGGUGUGAGUUGAACCCCAAGCAUGAAUUCGGCAGUCGUGGAAACAUGUUCGCCAUACACCGAGGGCUGGCCGUGUGGCGACGCAUGGGCUUCUGGACUUUUGAAAGCAUCCAGGAGCCUCAGAAGACUGACAAGGGUUGGGAGAACGCCCUGAAGUUCUAUUGGCUCCCUGAUUGCAGCAAGAAACUCGAACCUGGUGAGAGCAUCGAGUCCAUCGAAGCUAUCAUUGAUCGAGUCAUCCAAUGUUUGACUGUGGCCCAAUCCAACGGACUGCCGGCUCGCUCUCCUGCCGAAGGUAGCGGCGUCAUGGGACAUUGGCUUGAUACUGAACAGAUGCUGCGCAGCGGUCACAUCUUCAGGGUCCAACACGAGACCAAGGAAGAAGCUGUCGUCUUCCGCAACAUGAUCAACAAGCACUGGGUGUACUCACAGGACGACGCAAAUGGUAACCGCGUUGAUCCUCGCAAUUAG